AAAGUUAUCAUCAAGCUGCCAUUUUGCUGCAUUUGAGUUCAACAGCGUUCGUUUUUAUGGAAAUAAUUACUUGACUCUCAUAGAACAAACCAAAAACGUACUUAAUUCGUGAAAUUUGAAAUCGAAGCAGCGUAACAAAGAUAAAGAUGGCAGCGAGCGACUCUGGGACGGAUGAGUCACUGUAUCCUAUUGCGGUGCUCAUAGACGAGUUGAAAAACGAGGAUGUCCAACUCCGUUUGAAUUCUAUCAAGAAGCUUUCUACCAUCGCGUUGGCCCUCGGUGUCGAGAGAACUCGAUCAGAGCUGAUCCCCUUCCUCACGGAGACAAUCUACGACGAAGAUGAAGUGCUUCUUGCCCUUGCCGAACAACUCGGUAACUUCAUCAACCUCGUGGGUGGUGGUGAGUAUGCUCACUGCCUGCUCCCACCUCUGGACACACUGGCCACCGUAGAAGAGACGGUAGUUAGAGACAAGGCGGUCGCCUCACUCCGUGCUGUUGCUGCACACCACACCCCACAAGCCUUGGAGCAACAUUUCGUACCACUUGUACAGCGUCUUGCUGGCGGUGACUGGUUUACUUCUCGUGCAUCUGCUUGUGGUUUGUUCAGCGUGUGCUACCCUCGUGUCUCUGCGCCGGUGAAGGCCGAGCUCCGCCAGCACUUCCGCUCGCUGUGCCAGGACGACACGCCGAUGGUGCGCCGCGCCGCCGCCUACAAGCUGGGGGAGUUCGCCCGCGUCGUCGAGGUCGAAUACGUCAAGAGCGACCUCAUACCCAUGUUCGUGACUUUGGCCGAGGAUGACCAAGACUCAGUCCGCCUGCUGGCAGCGGAGGCCUGCGCUGCAGUGGCUGCUCUCUUGCCGCCCGAGGACAUGGAGCAGCUGGUAAUGCCCACCGUCAGGGUCCUGGCUGGAGACACCUCCUGGAGAGUGCGCUACAUGGUCGCCGACAAGUUUGUAGAGCUGCAACAGGCUGUGGGACCUGAACUAGCUCGCUCCGACCUUGCCCAGAUCUUCCAGGCUCUACUUAAGGAUACCGAAGCCGAAGUGCGCGCCGCCGCCGCCGGAAAGGUGAAAGACUUCUGCAUGAACUUGGACAAGGCGCACCAAGAACACAUCAUCAUGACGAUGAUCCUGCCACAAAUCAAGGACUUGGUCUGCGACGCUAACCAACACGUCAAGUCCGCUCUCGCCUCGGUCAUCAUGGGCCUCAGCCCCAUCGUCGGCCGCCAGAACACCAUCGACCACCUCCUGCCUUUAUUCCUGACCCAGCUCAAAGACGAGUGCCCCGAAGUCAGGCUCAACAUUAUAUCCAACCUUGAGUGCGUCAAUGAAGUCAUAGGCAUCCAACAGUUGGUGCAGUCUCUCCUGCCGGCCAUUGUCGAGCUUGCUGAAGACACAAAAUGGCGCGUCCGCCUCGCCAUCAUCGAGCACAUGCCCCUCCUCGCCGGACAGCUCGGACAAGAGUUCUUCGACGAGAAGCUCACCGGGCUCUGCAUGUCCUGGCUCAUAGACCACGUGUACGCGAUCCGCGAAGCCGCCACACUUAACCUUAAGAAACUAGUAGAACAAUACGGAUCCCAGUGGGCCGAAACCAACGUGAUCCCCAAAGUACUGGCCAUGUCCCGCGAACAGAACUACCUGCACAGAAUGACCUACCUGUUCUGCAUCAAUGUGCUCUCCGAAGUCUGCGGCAAGGACAUCACCACCAGAGUACUUCUUCCCACAGUCCUCUCCAUGGCCGACGACAAUGUUGCCAACGUGAGGUUCAACGUCGCCAAGACCUUACAGAAGAUGGCGCCAUUCUUAGAUCCCGCCGUUAUUCAGCCGCAAGUCAAGCCAGUGCUGGAGAAACUGAACGUGGACCCCGAUGUGGACGUCAAGUACUUCGCUUCGGAAGCCAUCGCUGGGAUCGCGGGAUAACUUAACUAUAAGCCAUAUUCAAAAAAAUGCAUAUUUGACGGCAAAAUUUCUGAUGCGUAUAUAUUAGCUGGCAUUAUAAGGCUAAGAAAAUGCAUUUUAUAUACUUAAUCACAUAAAUGUUAGUAAUAAAUACACAGAACGAUCCCAUGUAUAGGUAUAAGAGCUGGAGUAUUUUAUAAACUAGUAUUUAUUACUGGACUAACGACGCCUGAGAUUUGUGGUUCAAUGGGGAAAUUUUCGUACCUAUUUGUAGAGAAAUAAUAUCUUCAUUCCAAUCAACAUCUUACUGAACAAAAUUGUCUACAUGACUACGCGGAGCAUGUACAUAGUGUCAGAUACAAUUUAAAUAAAAUAUAAUAACGUGAA